AUGUCGGCCCCGCUCGUCAAGGUCUUGCACCGCCUGCAGGAGCUCUUCCAUAACGUCGUAUCAGCCCUCGAAGCCAUGAUCCUCUUCCCCUCGCUGUUCCGCGGCCUCUCGCGCCGGAAGCGCAAGCCCUUCCUGGGCGCUCACUGGCGCCGUCGUACCCUGGACGAUUUCGCCGACGAGGUCGAUACCCUCUUCACCACGCCGCUGUCCACGCCCAAGAUGCUCGAGAUGUCGGAGAAGAUCCGCGCGCAGUUCCGCCAUUGCUUGCAGAACAGCCCCGUCUGCAUGCUGCCCUCGUACAACCACGCUUUGCCCACGGGCUCCGAGACGGGUACAUUCCUCGCGCUGGAUGUGGGAGGUUCGACGUUCCGGGUUGCGCUGAUUGAGUUGCAUGGACGGGACGAGGAUAUGCGGACUGUGAAGGUCGCGUCGUCGUACAUUGAUAAUAGCGUCAAGUUGCUUGAGGGUACGCAAUUCUUCGACUGGAUGGCUGGACAUAUUGAGAACAUGUUGAAGGAUGUAGGCACGGACUAUGGUCGUGGUGAGGUUGCGCUGCCGAUGGGUUUGUCGUGGUCAUUCCCUAUUGAUCAGACUUCUAUGGGCAGCGGGUUGAUGAUUCACAUGGGCAAGGGUUUCCAUUGCUCCAAUGGCACUGUCGGGCAAGAGCUGGGCGAUCUAUUGAUCCAGUCUUGUCGCAAGCGUGAUCUUAACGUCGCCAUGGCGGCCAUUGUGAACGAUAGCUCUGCGGCUCUGCUGUCGCGUGCCUAUGUCGACCCGAAGACCCGCAUGUCCCUGAUCCUGGGAACUGGCACCAACAUGGCCAUCCACUUCCCCGUCCACGAGAUUGGCCGAAGCAAGUUCGGCGUCCGCCCCGAAGGGUGGUUCGACUACGCCAAGCACGUUAUCAUCAACAGUGAAAUGAGCAUGUUUGGCGGUGGUGUCCUUCCCAUGACCCGUUGGGAUGACGUGCUGAACCGCACUCACUUGCGCCCGGAUUACCAGCCUCUCGAGUACAUGAUUACUGGUCGAUACCUUGGAGAGAUUGUCCGUCUCAUCAUCGUGGAAGCUGUCGAGACAGCCGGUCUUUUCGGCGGCGAGCUUCCGCACUCCAUGCGUGAGGCUUACUCCUUCGACACCAGCAUCGUUGCCUUUAUUGAAGAAGAUACCUCCGCCUCAAUGUCCGCCUCCGGUGCCUUCUUGCAAAAGCAACAUACGUUCCCCAGCUCCCCUCCCGUCGAGGACCUGCGCUUCAUCCGACGCGUCUGCCAGGUUGUCUCGCGCCGCGCCGCCGCAUACCUAGCAACCGCCAUCCACAGCAUGUGGUGUCUCAGCAAUGAAGUGGAGUCAUCAACCACCCCCUCCGUUUCCGACAACCUAAUCAAGGAGUCCCCCGAGAUUACCGUCGUCGAGAGCGACGAGUCCGCCAAGAACCUGUCCAUUGCCUGUGAUGGCACGGUCAUCAACAAGUACCCCGGUUUCCGUGAUACUUGCCAAUCCUACCUGGACCAGCUCUCUGAGAAAUCCCACCACACCACCGGCUCCGUAAUUCGCCUAGAUCCCGCCCCGGAGAGCGCUAUUCUCGGCGCUGCUGUGGCCGUGGCCGUCGCUGUGGCAGACAAGGCUGAGCAGCGCUCAUAA